AUGAAGAUGUUGCCAGCGCUGCCGUCUCUUCCAUCGGACCAGAGUUUGCAUGCAGACUCGCGGCCGGCUGACAGCUCCGACUCUGUUUUCGCCUGGACGGAGUGCCCGUCGAUUGCGGCUCCUCUGGCGUGCUGCCCCCACGCCUCGCCCGCCGCCGCGACAGGCUCGAAGCGCAAGGAGCCGAGCGAGGCGGCAGCCUGGAGGGAGGAACGAGCCACGAGUUGCUCCCUCUGGGACCAUGACGGGAGAGCCAAGAGACCGCGGACGACCGUUUCGGCGAGGAAGACUGGGGAGGAGAACGCGCUGACGGCGAGAGCUGCGAGAGAGAGGGGAGGAAACGGCGAAGAAGGGAACAAAGAACAUGCGCUGAGAGACGGCAAGCCGCCGACCUCGCCGGCCUCUGGCACUCGCGAUCCCCACACCACCACAGUAACAGCCAGAGGGCAGAGAGAAGAGGGCGCGAGUGAACCAAAGGGGAGGCAGCGAUCGCCGGAGGGAUGCGGCAUCUCACCCCGUCUCCGCCGAUCGUCCGCUCUUCAGGGACAAGACGACUUGCCUUCUGACUGUACAACCGGAGCACCAGAGUCGAGCUCUGUCACUACGUCCUCUUCCGACUCCUUGGGGCCUGGCUCUUCGGGUCCCCCCUCCCCCCAGAAGUUGACUCCUCCUCAGCUCCAGCCGCCGCCUCCUGUGCCGCAGGCUGCUCAUCAGCGCGGUAGCGCUUCCCCACCCAACACACGGCUCUCUGAGGCUCGCGCUGCGGCGUGGUGCUGGGGGUCGGAAACGGGGGACGGCGGCCGUGUCGACGCAGCGCGCACGCUGCACACAGCACAGGGAUCGCCUUCUCCUUCGUCGCCGUCCCUGUCGUCUGCGUCUGCAGCCGCACCGCCGUUGUCUCCUCUCGCUAGUGCCUCGGCUCGCGCGGCUGAAAAACAGCAUGCGCUCGGUCUCGGCGCGGGACUGCCCGCAAGGCGCGCUGUCGACGAAGAGAGAGAGGACGUCACGAAGAAGCACACGCGUCUUUCUGUCUCUCAACAGACGCGCCAAGAAGAGGCCCAGGGUGGCGCGCUGCCCUCCCGGCCUCGGAGACAGUCCCCACGGAUUCAGGCCCUCACGCGAAGUGUCGCCGGCGCGGAGAGGAGAGACAGCUGUCCUGCGGCUCGCCCUGAGGCAGCGGCGGGCGGCGGGCGGCACACGCCGAUGACAGCUGUUUCCGGUAGGAGCCAUGCUGAAGCGAGCCUCGGCUUGCCCUCUGUGCCUCUCGAGAAGGGCAUGACAGCCGCCAGUCUCGUCGUCUGUCUCUCUCCGUCUGCUUCCCGGCCGCCCUCGGCGCGGCGCUCGGGCUCUCGUCGGUGUGACAAACGCGCCGCUCCGCGACCGGGCAGCCUGCGUGGAACAGAAGACGCGGACACCGUUGCCAAGUCGUGCUGCGCACCAGGGGGUUCGGAGUCCGCCUCUUGCUCGUCUUCGCUUGCGCCUCCUGCUUCCUCGCCGCCGGCAUGCAAUUCUUCGGGAGCGCCCUCUGCCUCAGCCUGCGCUUCCUCCGCUUGUGAGCCACGCCUGCCUUCCGGUGGUGCCGCUUCGUGCUUCGACGAAGCCGCUCCUGCGGCGCAGGGAGACUUACAGGGAACCUCCGCUACGUCCGUCUCGCCCUCCCUUCCUCACUGCACUCGGAGCGGUACCCGAGUCUCUGCUCGCCUCCAGGCUGCCGCUGCGGCGCAGUCUAGCGAUAUGUCUGCCUUGUCUGCGGCUUCUGUUCCUUCGGUUCGCCCUCCUCCUGCGCGCGGCGCCGCUCUGCGCAGGCCUCAGAGUGCCGCUGCUGAAGCGGCCGCUUCUGCUGUCAAGCCGCUGGAAAAAACGAAAAAUGCGCCCGGGUCUGCGUGUCGCACUCCGCCGCCCUCGGAUUCCUCUUCAUCUGCCUCUUCGUCACCUCCGUCUGCCGCCAGUCCCCCUGCUUCUCGUUUGCCAGAGGAGAUUCUGCGGCAGGCGCUGCUGCGGUGUGCGAUUUUCUUCUCAUCACUCGAGCUGGUACCGUGCGCGUGCGCUCUGCCUCUCCAUCCACUCGUCAACCCUGUGGAGGUCGCCAAUCUCUCCCGCCUGCGCAGCUUGAUUGAGUUGAGCAGCGCGAGCGGAUGUCAGUCACUUCCUCCACGGAAGACGAGUCACGAGCGGAAAGGGGCUGUAUCGUCACCUGCUCGGCGCUUCUCUUCUCGCUCGCAGGUUUCUGCAGAGUUUUCCUCUCCCGCGAAGUCGUCUCAGCAUUCCGCGUCUCAGCUGGCGUCGCCGCACGCCGCUGCAUCGCCAGCGCCCCUGGGCGACUCCUCAACGCGUUUGUCCGUGUCGCCUUCUUGCCCUGCGCCGUCCCCCCUUUCGUCUGUCUCUCCGUCUGUCUCUCAGUCGUCCGCGGCUUCAGGUUCCCACGCGUCGAAGUGCGGCCUGCGGGCUUUGCGCGCGCCGUCCUCUGUGGCGCCGCUUCCGCCGUUUGCCUCUUCGUACGAGCUCGUCGAGGGCAUGCCCUCUGCAUCGACGUCGUCUCCAGGCUUCACGUCACCGCUCGCGUCGGUUGAUCCCUACCCGCUGAAUCCCUCCGCCUCGUCCUUUGCCUCGCCUUCUUCUUCUCCUGUCCCUGCGUCCGCCGAGCGCAGAGACGAGGCGCCCGUCGAGCGGAGGGACUCGGGAGCGGCGGGCGGAAAGGCGGCCUUCGGAGGAGACCGCGCAGGCCCUGGAGAGACAAGCCACGAGGGCGACGAGUCGGCGCCGGCGCGGCACGAGGAGACAUUCCGGGAUCGACCGCCCGCGGCAUCAGAAGCGAGGUGCGGAGAGGACAGUCCGCGGUGGGGAAGAGGACCAGAAGAUGAGGGAUGCGCCGGGGAACGGGGCGGCGACGACCGCCAAGCUAGCAAGCUGGGAAUUCGGCAGACAGGCGAUGCGUCGAAAAAAGCAACAGCGCAGAAAAACGCUGCCACCGCGAGCAGGGCGCGCCCUGCGGAGCGACGACUUGCCGCCUCAGAGAGCGGCCGUCAACGUGCGUGCAGCAUGUCUCUCCUUCCCGUCGCGGAGAAGAAGGAAGCAAAGACUCCACAGGGAGACAGCCAAGGAGAGAAGUCCGCGCAAGUUGACCGCCGAGAGGCGGACAAAGAGAACAUCGCUCUCAAUCAAGAGUUGCGCCUCCUCGAUCGUAUACGAGAGGAGGCAUGUGAAACCGAAGCCAAAGAGAGUCGAGCGAAAGGGAAUGGAGAAGAAGAGAAGGUGGGUAGCGAAGAUACGGAGAGCAAGGCGGGGCUUCCGUGCUCGCGAGCCGGCGGAAGGAAGAAAGCGGAGGGAGGAGAAGGAGACGAAGGCGCGAACGACGCUGCUCUCUGCAAACCGACAGACGGCAGAGAGGCACCAGAAGAAAGGCGUCGAAGCGGCGCAGACACCGGUGGAGCAGAAAUUUCCCACGAGUCGAAUGGCGUUGCGCUUCUGUCGGCGCAGGAGACUGCUGAAAGGAGCGCGACUCGCGGGAGAAGUGGAUGCGAGAGAGAGAAAGGAGACUCAGAGAGUGCCUUUGAGCCAGCUGCAGAGCUUGGAACGGGCGACGCGGCGGCGGCCGGUCUGACCGAAGAGAAACCGGAGACCGGGGAAGAGAAUUCCACACAGCGGAGGAAAGGAGAGAUGACCACAGGGCCAGACAGCGGAGGGCAGGCGUGCGCCACGCGUCCCCGGGUGCUCUUCUCGGAUGUAGCGCGCGAGGCCCUAAAGAGACUUGAAGGGGAGGAAAGAGGAAGGCGAGCCGGCAGCAGCUGCCGCCCCCGAGCGCCGCGCACUCCGCUUCUCUCUGUCGGCCAGGAGACAUGCACGCCGCCGCGUCGCGUGCUGCGUGAGCGCAAGCCGCACUCGAGGCCCGGCGAGGAGGGCGAGUCGGAGCAGAAGAAGCGUCGCCGGGCCGCCAGCGUAGCGAAUGUUCCUCAGGCCGCUCCUUCAGCCAUUUCAAACGCCAUCGACUUGUUUGACGACGGGAGCGGCGUCGGGCGACAGCGGACGCUCAACUGGCUGCGGCGCUCUCUGCGCAACGAGAUGGUCUCGCCCGGCGUGGAGGGCUUCUUCAUUUACCUUCGCAGGUAUUCGUCGUCGGGGUCUCCCUCGGCGGCGGCCGCCUCGCCUGCGGCCUCCUUUCACUUUGUCGCCGGCGCGCGCCUUGAGAUGAUUCAGGACGGCGACGCCUCGCUCUCGUGGCUUUUCCUCCCCAGGGGGCUGAGCAAGGAGGCGGAGGAAGAGCUCCUUCUGCCCUUCUUUGUCUACGUCCUCUGCAUUUUCCUGCUCUCCAUGCCUUACCACCUGCGACCGGGCUCAGAUAUCCUCAGCCCGCUGCUGCGCUCGCUCCAGGCUACCCAGUGGCGCCGAAAGAACGGCGACGCUGCGCUCGCGGACAGCGCACACCACAGCCGAGACGGCAAAGCAAACCUCGAGGGCGAGGCGGACAGGACGGUCGCGCAAGAGGAGAGCGAGGGAAAAGCGACCACCGCUGUCGAGGCAGCUCGCGGCGUGGAGUCAACGGAGCCGCCAACGGCAGUGAAGAAGAGCGAACAGAGAGACCGACAGGAAUCAGGAAACUCUGAGCAAUACAACGCGAGUGCGGACGACAGGGGAGACGAUAUUCUCGCUUCUCUGCCAGAAGCAAUUUGCCUUCCACAUGCCUUGUACAGGGCCAUUCAUGAACAGGACGACAGCUUGCGCGCGAGAGAGCCUGCGAAUGAGGUCGAGAGGGAGAGGAGCGCCGCCGGCUCACACAGUGCAAAACGCGUUUGUCGAGAGUAUGACGCCAUGCAAACCACUUCCCUGUCCUCUGCUUCUUCUCCUCCUUCGCCCGCGCCUUCUCCCACUUCAGAGGCACGGCAGGGAUCUCGUGAAGGAUGCGUCGACACUGCCGGUCCUGCUUCCUCUUCCAAAGAUGCUCACCUUCCGUCAAGGCCCUUACCAGGCUCGGCGUGCGUGUCGCUUUCUACCCCAGAGCCGGCUCUCUCCUCUGCCUCGUCUCUCUCUACUGCCUCGUCUCUCUCUUCUGCCUCGUCUGCCGCUUUCGGCUCUAAGCUGCCUUCGGCGUCUUGUUCCUGUGAGUCUUCGUCGUCGUCGGGAGCCGACGCGCGCCGUCCCUCAGCGGCGCCUGUUGUGCCCGAGCUGCGACCGCCGAAUCUCUCCUGCCGGCUGAUGAUUGACUGCGGAGACUUGCUGCUCUGUCCGCGGCCGUUCCUGUGGUUGCUUAUGGACAAACAGCCGUUCGCGCGCGGCAUGCACCCGCAUCGCGAGCCCGACACCCUGGAGCCUCCAGAGGUCGUGCGGCUCCAACAGGAGAUGGCGCUGUACGCCUCCAAGUUGAUUUCCGCCGGCGCGGUCUCGAGGCGGAGUCGAGACCCUCACGCGUGCUCGGCGUUCUGCGUCGACGUCGGCAAGACUAGCAGGCGCGGCCGGUGUUCCAACGCCUUUCCACUUGCGGCAGCUGCGCGGCAUCGACGCGCAAAGGGCAGGGGCGGUGCGAGUGGCUCGCAGGCGCAGAAGGAGCGGCAGGACGCCCACGAAGAGGAGGAGAUCGCGAAAACGUCAGCGGCGCUCUCGCAGUCGCUGCGAGAAGGUGGCGUCUUCCACAGCGACGUUCUCGCGGGCAAGGCGUGCUGCUGCCAGUUGCAGCAGGCGUGGCCUCUCAGAUUCUUCAUUUUCCACGCUCUCGAGCUCGUUUUCAGCAUUCUGCCGCAGCUGAUGGCGCCGGCGGCACCUCGCGCCGCCUCCCCGCGGUCUGGAAGCUCUCCCUGCACCUCGCCUGAGGGGUCCACCUCGACCGCGGCUGCUCCCUCGGCGUCGACUGACUGUCUCUGCUUGCGGUUCUAUCCGUCUGCGCGGCUCACAGAGGAACUGAAUCGUCUCCUGGGCUCGAAAAAAGCGGGCGUGCAGGCUCCGGCGGCUCUGCCGGGGGGCCGCAGAAACGGCGAGGGGGACAAGGGAGAGCUCUUCAACGUUGACACGCUGCGCACCGAGACGCCGUCAGGCUCCGCCCAGCUUGCUUACACCUCCCACCACCAGCUGCAGCAGCAACUCAACGAAAGACUCUGGACUGUGGCGAAAGUCGAGACCUUCGCGUCGCCGUUUUUCGACUGA